AUGCGCCGGCGCAAGCCUCCUCGCUACAAAGGCAGCUCAAUGCAGGAACGUCGUGAUUUCCUGGGAGCUUAUCACACGUAUUUUGCGGCGCUGAGUGCUUUUCGAACUGAGCACAAUCGCCCGUUCGUGCAACCCGUCGGCUCAUGUAUUGAGCAGGGGACCAAGGAGAUUAUUGCGAGGUUCACAUUUGCAAAGCAUUGGCAGGACGUGACCGAGGACGAAUGGGUUCAAUAUUUUCUCCAGGCUAAACACACAGCAUUUGAGGACUAUGUAGCGCUGGACGUCGCUAUGCAGAAGCUGAGUAUAGACACAAAGUUGGCGGAGGCUGAAUCGCGCGUCAACAGGCUGCAGGCGAACAUGUACAAGGUUCUCGAGGACCACACCAUGGUGGACGUGAUGUUUGAUCGAGAACAGAAGAAGUUGGGGAAAUACUUGGUCGCAAGUCUCGAGCCUAUCAGUUUCAAGAAGGAGAUCCAGCGCCGCAUCGAGCAGGAACAGAACAAGCGGUACACGUCGAAUGUAAUCGAGUUCUCUCGCUGGCUCACGGAAUUGCUGGCUUCUUUCAUGGUUCGGGAGAAGUCUAUCGUGCCGCAGGUGGAUGACACUAAGUCUGGGCCAGGAAAGCCCAGCAGUUCCCCAGCUACGGGUAAUCAGCAGGGCCAAGGUGCAGCGAGAUCCGUCGCUGCCGGCCAAUCGAAUGCUGCGGCAGCAACAAACCCUAGGAAGCCAAAGCGUCGCUGGCCGGGUUUGAUGUGUAAGUCAACAGAACACUUGGUGAAGAAUUGCCCGCAAGCCCAACCUGGGGAGGCAAAACGAUUGGUGGAAGAAUUUUGGGCUUCGCGGAAAAACAAGUCGGCGCCGCCAAGUGAGGCACCAGUGCAGAUGAAGCGACUAGUCUAA